AUGCUAGUCGUGAAGCUACUGGUGGCGGCCCUCUGGUGGUCAGGUGUGCGUUCACCAGCCGCCUCCUCCAUCACUACCACCAACCACACUGCUGAUGGUCGCUACACGUUCCUUCCUACACCCUCCUUACCUGGACGACCUGGGGAACAAGACCUCGAGCAGGGAGUCCACGAGAGGCAAGACUUAGGUGGUGAUGACUCCUGUUCCUCUGGUCCCAAGCACCUCUACCUUCCAUCACCAGGAGGAAGAAGAGGAGGAGGAGGAGAAGAAGACGGAGCAGCAGGAGGAAGAAGAAGAGGAGGAGACGGAGGAGAAGGAGGAAGAAGAGGAGGGGGAAGACUAACCCACCAAGUUGUCUUACACACGCACCUCCACCCUCUGGUAACAUCAUCUCAUAACCUGGAGAGGAACAAUUCAUCACCACCUUCAGAAGCUCACGGUGUGAGCGUUGACCUCAUCUCUCCCGGCCUGCUGACCUCCCUGCUGACCUACCUUAACCAGCAGCCUCCCGAGGGUCAACUGGUACUUGCCUACGAUGACCUUUUCUCAGACGUCAUGACGCAGGUGGUGAACCCAAGGCCCCUUCAUGUGACGGCCCAGGUAAUGGUGCUCAGGUGUGACGCUCCCUCCGUCAGGCAGUGGCUUCAGGGGGUUCCUCCACACCGCGUGAUUUUCCUCCUUCUGUGCGCGCAGCAACAUGUGCUGGAGAUCUUCCACAUGAUGAGAGAGGAUGCCUUGGAGGCUGGCAAGACGAUGUGGGUGGUGGUGACUCUACAGGACUACACCGCCUCCUUGGCUCACACCCUCAGGGAACACACUGAGGUGGCGGCGGUGGACAACUGGCCGUGGUUUGGGCUGACGGAGGCUGACGACGGGACAACUGUGUCAGACUCGGGGAUUGAUGUCAGUAUUCUCAACACCCUCAGUCAGAAACUCAACUUUACGUGA